AUGGCUGCAACCAUUGCCGGCAUCACAUUGCUUUUUCCAUCUCCGGUAUCUACUCCGGCGAAGAGAACUACAAGGAUGAUGCUUGGAAGAAAAGUCGACUCUUUGGGUACUAAUGGAAUGAAGUCUUCUUCUUCUUCUUCUUCCUCUGCUAGAGCAACUUCCACAAAAGAUGGGGUUGGGUCCACAACCUUGAAGAUGGAACCUCAGAAGCUGUGGAAGCUACUCGACAGAAAGGAGAGGGAAGAGCCCAUGGUUAUAGUUGCCGACCCAUUUGCUCUUGAAGAGGUUGGGAAGGACAGGCGUAUUUUCUGUGAGAAGUUCACUAUUAGAUCUUAUGAUAUGGGCCCUAAUCAUACGGCAACCAUAGAGACUUUACUGAAUCUUUUACAGGAAACAGCUCUAAAUCAUAUUAAAAGUAUGGGGAUUUUAAAAGAUGGCUUGGGUUCAACACCAGCGAUGAGUGGAAGGAACCUGAUAUGGGUAUUAUCUAAGAUGCAUGUUGUUGUGGAUCACUAUCCUUCUUGGGGUGACGAAGUACAAGUUGAUAAUUGGUUUAUUGCAUCUGAAAAGAAUGGCCAGCGAACUGAUUGGAUUAUUCGUGAUCGCCAAAAUGGAAAAAGUCUCGCACGAGCUACGAGUACGUUCCAAGCGAUGAAUAAAGAAACAAGAAAACUAUCUAAAAUUCCAGAGGAGGUCAGAAGAGAAAUGGAAAGUCAUUACAUAGAGUGUCCUAUUCCUAUUCCAGAUGAUCACGAGGACAGCAGUAGAUCAAUAGCAAAGUUUGACAGCAACAGAAUGGAUUGUGUUCGAACCAGUCUAACCCCUCGUUGGAAUGAUUUGGAUGCCAAUCAACACGUGAACAAUGUGAAAUACAUUGGGUUGAUGCUUGAGAGUGUUCCCAUAGCGAUGUUGAAGAGCCAUGAGAUUUGUGAGAUGAAAAUAGAGUACAGGAGGGAAUGUAGGAUGGAUGAUGCGCUGCAGUCCUUAACUAGUCAAGCAACUGAUGAUGAGUACUGCUUGGUAGGUGCUGGCGGAGGUGGUCUUCAUGAGUGCUUCCACUUUCUGCGUUUUGAGAAUGGAGGUGUGGUUGCGAAAGGAAGGACCAAGUGGAGAGCUACAUAAAAUAU